UUAAAAUCGAGAGCGAAGAAGAAGAAGUUUUGCAGAAAUCCUAUUUUCUCCCCAGUUUUCAUUGAUUAAACAAAUCCCAAAGUAGCUGCAGCAGUGUGAAAAAUGUCGCUUUUUCGCAAACCAAAGAAAAUCCAGAGACGCGUGUUCUCCAGCAACGCCGAUGAGGAAGAGGACGGCACAUCCCUGGACCCGGACGCCGAAAUGGAGGCGCCUCCGCCUCCCAUAAUUUCCGGCAAGCGGGACAAAGAGAAAAGCCGGAAGGCCGCAAAGCCGCAGGAAGACAACGGCAAACCGAAGGCACUGCUCAGCUUCGCGGACGAUGAGGACGACGGCGAGGUCUUUCAGGUGCGGAAAUCGUCACACAGCAAGAAAGUAAUGCGUAUGCUGGACAAGGAGCGACGCAAGAAGAAGCGCGAGGAGCGGGCGGAAAACAGCGGACACCUCGGGGGCGAAAAUGGUAGUACACAGCAUUUAGAGACCGGUGGCCCAUCUUCGGGUCCUGGCAACUCCAACUCAAAUCCUGCCAGUGCUGGCAGAUAUAAAAGUGCCAGCGAUCAGAGUAAAAGUAAAAAAAGUGAUAAUCAUAUGAUCCAAACCGAAAUACGCACAGACGACUUUGUGCUAGUGGUAAAGAAAUCAGAGACUCCCGAGGGAAUUCUAAAUGGUCGUGCUGCCCUCUGUGCUGGUCGGGACGAUAUGAGCGACGAGGAUGAACGCGAGUCCGAGGAUGGCGGCCAUGACAAGACGCGCCACCGCUUCUCCAAGCCGGAACAUUUGAAACAGAUGCUGGAAAGCGGUUCAAUUCCAGAUGCCGCCAUGAUACACGCUGCCCGAAAGCGCCGGCAACGGGCCAGAGAACAAGGAGCAGGCGACUACAUACCCGUCGAGGAACCCAAGGAGCCGCCCAAGCUUAGUACCCGCCUAAGCAAUGAGGACGUUGAGGGCGAUCAAUCGGAUGACGAAGAGCGCAUGGACAUGAACGACAUUACUGGACGCAAAGAACGAGAAGAACGACGCGAGCAGUUCUACGCCGUCGAAAAUGAUUCCACCGAUGAAGACUCUGACCGCGAGAUGAACGAGUGGGAGAACCAGCAGAUCCGUAAGGGAGUCACGGCUGCUCAGUUGGUCCAUUCCCAGCACGAAACCGUGCUUUCCCGCUUUAUGAUCAAGCCGACCACUCCCGGAGGCGGAUCUGCGAUGGACGACGUGGACUUAGCGGCACCGCAAUCCACAUCCACCUUGCUGGAGCAGGCCUAUGCAAAGAACGCCAUUGAUCGAAGCAAUUUGGCGGCUGCAGUUCGUUCAUCUGCCAAGACCAAGAAGGAUAAGUCCAAAGCUACAGCCCUGCGCACUCCGCAAGAAAUCUUAACCGCGAUUCAGUCUCGGCUUAGUGAGCUGAGAGAACGCUCAGCGGAUCACAGCGCCAGUAUGGCCAGGAUCAGUAUUGAACUAAAGUCUUUAAAGCUCCAGCAGUUGGAGUGCCAGCAAAAUGCACCCACAGCGGCGGCAAAGUAUAAGUUCUACCAGGAAGUAAAGUGCUAUGUUAACGACCUGGUCGACUGCCUUGCCGAGAAAACACCGGUGAUUAACGACCUUGAGAAGAGGGCCCUCCAGCAGUACGGCAAGAACCAGCGGUAUUUGGUGAAUAGACGGCGGCAAGAUGUCCGGGAUCAGGCAAAGGAAAUCGCCGAGGCAGCAAAGCCCAUCUCAGCUGCUGCCCGUCGAACUCCGGAAUACGAGGAACAGGUCCGUCGAGCCGCAGAGAGGGAGGGUCGGAGAACACGUCGUCGUUGUGAGCGUGAGCGGAACGACUUGCUCUCAUCCCACCUGGAUGGCAUGUCAAGCGACGAUGAGAUCGCCGACCAGCAACAGGAACAGAGCAUGGCGUCCACGGCACUGAUUGAAACCCAGUCGGUGGAGGCCUUUGAGGACGUUACCGAUGACUUCAGCAAGAUCGAGCUGAUCCUAACGAAGUUUUACGCCUGGCGCAAAACUGACAUGUCAUCAUAUCAGGAUGCAUUCGUUAGCCUGUGCCUGCCGAAACUUCUGGCGCCGCUUGUGCGCCACGAACUUGUCCUGUGGUCGCCACUGCUGGAUGUGUACGCGGACAUAGAGAAUAUGCGAUGGUACCAGGCGUGCAUGUUAUACGCCUGUCGUCCAGACGAAACAGUGGAUCAGCUAAAGAAUGACCCGGACGUUAACCUGGUGCCUGCACUUAUUGAGAAGAUUGUGCUCCCAAAGGUGACUGCUCUGGUAACGGAAUGCUGGGAUCCAUUGUCAACCACGCAGACUCUCAGAUUGGUUGGCUUCAUCAAUCGGUUGGGCCGCGAGUUUCCGCUGAGCGGUACUAAUAAACAGCUCAACAAACUCUUCGAAUCCAUUAUGGAACGCAUGCGGUUAGCCCUAGAAAACGAUGUGUUUAUUCCCAUAUUUCCAAAACAAGUGCAAGAGGCAAAGACGUCGUUCUUUCAGCGACAGUUUUGCAGCGGGCUAAAACUGUUCCGCAACUUUCUCAGCUGGCAGGGCAUCCUAGCGGAUAAACUGCUUCGGGAGCUGGCAAUAGGAGCAUUGCUAAAUCGCUACCUUCUUUUGGCCAUGCGGGUCUGCACGCCAAACGAUGCAAUUAACAAAGCUUACAUCAUUGUUAAUACCCUGCCCACGGUUUGGUUAUUGCCUAACAGCGAGACACUCAAAAACAUGGAGCUUUUCAUAGGAUAUAUAAAACAAACUUUAGAAAGCUGUGAUGCAAGCAAUCCAGUCUUCAUGCAAUCCAGCGAUAAAGCCAAGCAAAUACUUCAAAGACUACAUAGUUUAUAAAGUGUCAGGAUCCCUAUUUACUGAUCGCUCACAUCAAUUCUAGCAAUCAAACAAAUACUCGUUGUAGACCGCAGGAAAAGCACAACUUAUACGUCUUGUUAGCAAAAUCUUGUAAUUAUAGGUCUCCAAUUCUGUAUAUAAGGAUCAAAAGCUCAAUGAGACUUUUACAAAUCAAAGCUUGAGCUUACCAAACUAAAUUGGGAAUAUCCCUUCCAACCCAAUCAAUUUUAAAUCGUUUUCCUAGUAAGAAAUCCCCGAAAGUGAUACAGUUUGGAACUCUGUUUAAGGCUCGUCGUUUUGUAUAUUUACUGAUGUAUUUAGGCGACUCUCAUGCUUAGCAAUAAUAAAAACAAUUUAUAAACUAUGGAAA